CUGGAAAAAAACCAUUCCUGUUCAGACAUGAACCAGGCUAACGCAGCGGCACUUCAAAUUCCAGAUUCCAAGAUUCAAAUUCCAGAAGCCCGGCUCCAGAGAAAUCAUGGGGAACUGUCUAAGAAAAUUGAGUUUUCGCCGUCGUUUUGAGGAACAUGCGGAUAAGUUUGCUGCGAGGGAGAGGGAAGCGCCUUCUCAAAGAAACAACAUUCCAGAUGAGCAAGAAAAUUUUGUUGCUGGAGAAUCAAUCGACCAAGAUCAUUCCAUUCAAAGUCCAGAGGAAGAUAUGGCAAGACCAGGACCAUCCUGGGCAUCGGAUAAUCUACCCUGGGCACCGGAUAAUCUAUCCUCGGCGAUGCCAAAGGAUCAAGAAUCUGAGGAUACAGAAGAAUCCAGUGAGACAGAAGAGGAAGCAACUUCCAGGGGUUUGUCAAAAUCACAACAGUCUAGGCCACCUGAUUAUCUCCGUUGCGUUUAUUUAAAUGCUGAAGAAUCGAGCGAUGAUGACGAUAUAAUUCUUACUCCACCAGAAGAAGUGGCAACACCAGGACCUUCCUGGGCACCGGAUAAUCUACCCUGGGCGAUGUCCAAUGCUGGAGAAUCAAUCGACCAAGAUCAUUCCAUUCAAAGUCCAGAGGAAGAUAUGGCAAGACCAGGACCAUCCUGGGCAUCGGAUAAUCUACCCUGGGCACCGGAUAAUCUAUCCUCGGCGAUGCCAAAUAGAGAAUCAAGCGAUGAUUCGGAUUCGGAGGAAGAUGCUAUUGCAACUCCGAGUCCGACUCCGACUCCUCCAAGGCAACGUGUUAGUCCUCGCUCAUUGGUUUCAAGGUCCGUGGAGCGUCUUGGACGGGGUGACUGGAAUUUCCCUAUUCAAAGACACAUCCAGUUAUCCAAUCGAGGACAUUUUAGGGAACCGGACAUAGAGCCAGAUGACGAGAAUGCAGAAAUAUACAAAAACUACCUCACUAUGAGGUACAGAACACUCGCCAAUGUACAUGUGGAAGGUCGAACCGAAGGACCCAUCCUCCCCUGGUCACAGCUGCUGAAGCCCAAACCGAAGCCAAAACCGAAGCAUGUCACCAAAGAAGCGUCGCCGGUUGAGACGAAGCGUAAGAAAAAACAAGGCAAGAAAAAGGCCAAAAGAUUGCGAAAAGAUCCAACGAACGAAGAGUUAAAAAAACAAGAAAAGAAGAAAGCAAAGAAAAAGUGAAAAUCUGUUUCAUGUCUGUUAGCUCAUUAACGUUUCAUUUUCAAUUAGUAUAAUUUCAUUUCAACAAUUCUAAUAAUAAUGUUGUACCAUUUUACUUUCAGUUGCAUUGUAAUAAUUUUUAGUCUAGAAUAUGUAUAUAUUUUUAUUCUUGUUGUUUAUGACUAAAUUUUAUGUCUAUAAUUAAGUUUUAUAAUAUAACAAUGUUUCCUGUUUUUGCUGUAUUUGUAAACUGUAUAUACUGUAGAGAUGUAAACUGUUCACUUUAAUAAAAUUUUA